CUAUUUAUUAACUUGAUUUUCUGGAUGCCCUUUUUCAAAUUCUUUAGCCGUAAUAUUUUAAUACAAAUUACAUUUCAUUUUCAUAUAUUAAUUUGCUGAUACUCCCUCCUUGUGUGUUCAUAGAACCAAACUAUUUUGCAUCACCUGUCCUUUUUUUCUUUUCUUUUUGCCCCUUUCUUGGAAUUAGAAUAUAUUAACAUUAUAUUGUGCCUGAACAAAUUAGUACCUAUUUUGUAGUUGUGGUAAACCGUAGCUUUCCUUUCGAAUUCAAUUUAUCUAGGAAGAAACUAUAAUUGUUACAAUCAGAUUUUCCUAGUCAAAAGUCAAAAGUAGAAUUGUCAAAAUUUUAGUCAAAUAAAGACUUAAAUGAAGAAAAUUAUUUUAUUGACGAUAUUUUGAGGGAUUAAGAUGGAUUAAAUUUAAAGUUGGGAUGUAAUUUUCUAAUUAUAGAAGUUAAGGAUUUAAUAAUUUAUUAUAUAAAGUUGGAGGACUUAAGAGCAAUUAUGGGUUAGUGUAGCAAGUGGCUAUUAUUAAACCAUUUAUCCCAUUUCUCAUUUCAUUUCUCUCUCUCUCACACACACACAGUCUUGAAAAAAAAAACGGCAGAGGAAGAAUAAAAACCAAGAAUAAGGGGAAAGAAAAGAGAAAAGGAAGAAGAAAGAAAAGAAGAAAAAGGAGGAAGUCACUAAAGAGAUUGAAAUUUGGGUUCUCAAUUUAUUCUUCUAUUUUGAGAUAUGAUAAUCCCCUUCUGUUAUAUUGGUGAUUUCGAAUUGAAUGAAAAUAAUCGGUGGGAAUGGAGAUGGACAAGUGACAUAUGUGGUUGUAUUGCAAUUAUCAUAAUAGAGAGUACAUCAUACUCAGAAAUGUAUCACCAUUUGCAAAAUAAGCUAAAUGUCGAUCAAUCUCAGUACGAUAUGCAAUUGCGAUAUCUAUUCAACAGUUAUGGGGAUUCAUCUAUUCCGAUGCCAUUGGUAUUCGUUACUAAUGAUGCUGAAUUGAAUUAUCUAUUAGAAUUGAAUAAAAUGCAUCGGACUCCGACUGUUCUUGGUGUGACUUUAAUUAAGAAGGAUGUUAUCGAAGGUGAACGCGAAAAUUCAGGUAAGGCGGAUAACAAUGAUCGAGGUUUUUGGGAGACAGUGGAGAUAGUUCCUGCGGAUGAUGUGGUUAUUCCUGAGACAGUUGCUUUUGAUCGUGAUGUCGCUGUUACGCAUAGAAUUCCAUCGACAGUUGAUGACAAUGAGAAUAUAAACGAGUUUACAAAUGAGAAUUUGAUUGCUUUAUCCCAACAGAAAUAUGAGCCGGGUGGGAGUUUACAGGUUGGAACAAGUGUACCGUCCUCCAAUUCAUCCCGUGUGGCUCCCGAUGAUGAGGACUUUGUUGUUUUGAAGAUUAGGAGAAGCGAUGUGAAAAGAGGUAUUAAAGUGGACGAAGAGGCAGUGCCUAAGCGCUACGAAACUGAAAAAAAGAUGAAAUUUGGACCCGAGAGACAGUGCCGCAACCAUAGCGCCGAGGCGCUAUCAUCAGCGCCUAGGCGCUGCAAUUGAAUAUCUAGGGCGCGUUUUUUUGGACCGUUUUUAAAUCCAUAAAAACCCUACUUCUACAUAAAACGGAAGGGCAGCUGUAAAUACAUCUUUCUCAUACUUUUGAAGGGUUCUUGACAUAUUGGAGAGAAGACAACAAGAAGAGAGAUUUAAAAGAGAAAUUCAAGAAGAUUAACACCAAACAAUUGAAGAUUAGAAGCAUUCAUU